AUGGCUUCCGGCGCGGUGCUCCGGAACGCCGGCUCCCGCCGCCUCUUCUCCUACCCCACCCUCCGCGCCGCCGCGAUCUCGGGACCCGCCGCGCUACCCGAUGCUCCCGCGGCUGCGGCGGCGGCGGCGGUGGCGCCGGCUCAGCCGCCACCGCUGACCGGGACCCUCUGGGCGAGGUCCGUGGCCACCUUCACGUGCACGAAGCCCCAAUUGAGCGUCGGCACCAUUGGGCACGUCGAUCACGGCAAAACCACUCUGACUGCUGCUAUUACCAAGGGGAUAUCAACUACAAGGAAUCUGCUUGCAGAUGAUGCUAUGGUGCCUAUUUCUUCUCCUUUGACUCCUCCACUUGAGUCCCAAGAAGGUGAAUCUGGUAGCAAAGCUGGUUCGAGGUAUGCGGUGGAAGAUGCCUUAUUGCAGCUGCAAGUGACUGUUAAAAGGGCUGCCAAAACUGUUUACCAGGUGAUCCAUUCUGCUCGUGCCAAUGCAGCUCACAACCAUGGAUUGGAUCCUGAUAAGCUCAUUGUUGAGGAGGCCUUUGUGGGAAAGGGACUUUACCUGAAGAGACUGUCUUACCAUGCAAAAGGGAGGUGCGGUAUCAUGGUGCGACCAAGGUGCAGACUGACAGUGGUGGUUAGAGAAGCUACAGCUGAGGAAGAGGCAAAGAUUGCCAGACUCAGGGUGAGCAACUAUAAGAAGCUGACCAGAAAGGAGCGGCAGCUGAUGCCGCACAGGCUCAUCGAGGUUAGCCCGAGGUGGGCUCGCAAGAGGAAAGAGGAGGCUGGUGCUACGGCCUAG